UUUUUUUUUGUCUUGCAAAAGCUUUUGACAUAGAGCUCUCCCUAAGUCACAUGGAGGAGUCUUGGAGAAAGUCCAUGGGAAUGUCAAGUACACAACAUCUUCCACGUCGAAAAUCCAUAGAAAACUCCAUUUUUUCAAUGAACCACGUUACCAUGGUGAUGGCUGAUCAUAACCUUGACGCAAAUGACUUUUCCGACGUCUUUGGCGGUCCUCCACGGAGCGUGCUCUGCCGGAAGUUGUCCCGCAACUUCACCCAGUCGUCAUCCUUUUACGAAGAGGUUUUCCGGCCACCAGAGUUUAAUUCGUCUCAUUCAAUGAAGGGUGGCCGGAGUUUGCAGGUAUUUAGGAUUCCGGCGAGAGGGGAAGGGUUCUAUAGAGGCAUAUUCGGGUCCGAUGAUGAUCUCCGGCAGUCGAGGGAACGGUCAAGGUCGAGUUCUAAGGCGAAGUCAAAGUCAAACUCGUCGUCACUUCUGAGUUCGGAAGAACUGAGCCCUAUUCGACCGGUGAUUGAAGAUGAUGCCGGGUUGUCGUCUUUUGCUUCAAAGCUCAGGCCAAUCAAUGUUCCAGGCGGAUGGAAGUCAACAACAAUGAUGGCAGAUCAGGAACCAGCAAAGCAACAAGGGAGGCCAGCAUUUCCGAGCAGUGGUUCUUUCUUUCAUGAAAAUCUUUACAUGAAAAAUGAAUACAACGUCAAUAACUUUAUGAGAAGUUCAUCAUAUCAUGGAUUCCGUCGACGAGCCUCUUCCCCAGAAAUCAUUAGCUUGGAACCUCAUUCUUUCCGAAGUGUAAAAAUAUCAGCUGAUGAUUUGGAGAUUAACUCCCCUCCAUCCCCUGCCUCUUCACUUUGUCAAGAACCAGAGGGGAGACCUGGUGUCCAAGGAGAUUCAUUGCUGCAACAAGAAGAAGAAGAAGAUGAUGAAGAUGAUGAAAUUAUGAGUUCUUAUGUUAUUGAGAUCAAUUCUGAUCUUAGAGAGGGAACCGGUGAAGAGGCUUCAAUUGAUGAAGCAAUUGCUUGGGCAAAGGAGAGAUAUAACACACAAAGUUCAGAAAGGGAACAUGGAAAAGACCAGCCAGUUGGAACAGAAGCAAGGUCUAAUGCACAUGAAUCUUUUGACCGGCAAAUGGAUGGCCAUGGAACAAUGCAAUCUCAAAUGGUAAAGUUGUAUUUUGCCUUUUUUUCCUUUUCAGAAUCAAAAUCUAUAUCUCUUGUUAGUAUAAAAAAUGUUGAAUAAUAUGUUUUGCUUCUACUUCUUGAUUUGCAGGAAGAAGAACAAAAGAAAUCGAAAGCAGAAGAAGAAAAAGAGAGAUCAGAAGAAUAUGUAAGAUCAAAAGAAAUAAAGGCAUAGUCAUUGUGGCUUUGUAUAUAUUCAUUAGUUUAUGAUCAAGAUUUGACCAACACGUAAUGUUUUAGUUCGACGAAAACUUCAGAUUAAAAUGGGGUGUUUUGGAUGAAGAUGUUAAGCUUUGGUCAACUGGCAAGGAAAAUAACAUCUGAUUGACGCUUUCAACACUUCAUCAUGUAUUAUAUUAAACUUUUUUAGUGUUUAAGGAUUUCAUUGAAUUGCAAUGGGACAUUCGAGUGAAUUUAAAAUUGGUUGAUUGAAAAUGAAUUUCAGAUUCUGUGGCCCAAUAGCGGUUGCCACAUUAUCCCUCUAACAAGCCUUGCAG